AAAGCCCAAAGCCUCCGGCAGGCAGAAUCUGGAGAGAAGGGGCGGAGGGCGAGAGAGAGAGAGAGAGAGAGAGAGAGAGAGGCGAUGAGCUUUCUAGGCAACGCGGGGUAUUUGGCUCGAAGGGCGGCGCAAAAGGAGAGGGUACGGAUCUUAUACCGGAGAGCCCUCAAAGACACCCUCAACUGGGCCGUCCACCGCCACCUCUUCUAUCAAGAUGCAUCAGAGCUAAGAGAAAAGUUUGAUGCCAAUAAGCAUGUGGAGGAUUUAGACACUAUUGACAAGCUCAUUGAUGAGGCAGAAGCACAUUUUGAGAAGUGGAGGCACCCUGACCCUUAUAUUGUUCCUUGGGCUCCUGGUGGCUCCAAAUUCACACGAAACCCACCACCACCAUCUGGGAUUGAGAUCGUUUAUGAUUACGGCAAAGAAGAAGCUGAAGCCUAGAGGUGUUCUUUACGAAUAAAAUUGCAACAAGUCUGUGAUUCUUAGGUUAUCCUGUUUGUUGUAGUUUCAGACGAAAGUUGGUGUUAUGAAUAAAUCAGUACUUGCUCAGAUCAUUUGAUUUUCCAUCAGUGCAUCUUUGUUCAAGACACCGUAAACUUGCAUUUGAUUUAUGUGCAACAACAAUGAAUGAAACCAUAUUGCUUUCCAUAA